AUGGCCUCCGCUCUUUCCUUCAAGAUCUACAAAAAUGCCCUGCUGUUGGCUGCCUUUCUCGGGGCUGCACACGCACAGCAGGUGGGCACAAACAAGCCUGAAGUCCAUCCGUCUUUGACAUGGCAAAAAUGCGCUGCUGGAGGAAGCUGCACUUCCCAAAGCGGCAAGGUUGUCGUCGAUGCCAACUGGCGCUGGGUUCACAGCACUACCGGCUCCACCAAUUGCUACACUGGCAAUGAAUGGGAUACCACUAUCUGCCCAGACGAUGUCACUUGUGCCAAGAACUGUGCCCUAGAAGGUGCUGAUUACCCGGGCACUUAUGGUGUUACGGCCAGCGGCAGCUCUUUGCGACUGAACUUCGUCACCCAGGCGUCUCAGAAGAACAUUGGCUCGCGUCUCUACCUGAUGGCGGAUGAUGAAAAGUACGAAAUGUUCCAGCUUCUCAAUCAGGAGUUCACCUUCGAUGUCGAUGUCUCGAACCUUCCCUGCGGCUUGAACGGCGCGCUUUACUUCGUGUCUAUGGACGAAGAUGGUGGCAUGGGACGAUACCCUGCCAACAAGGCCGGUGCUAAGUACGGUACCGGUUACUGUGAUGCGCAAUGCCCCCGUGACCUCAAGUUUAUCAACGGCGAGGCCAACGUUGAUGGGUGGGUGCCCUCUCCCAACGAUGCCAACGCUGGUACUGGUGAUUACGGCUCUUGCUGUGCCGAGAUGGAUAUUUGGGAGGCCAACUCAAUCUCCACGGCAUUCACGCCCCAUCCCUGCGAUGACCCAGCCCAGACUAGGUGUACCGGAGAUUCCUGUGGCGGCACAUACAGCGAUGACCGCUAUGGUGGUACUUGUGACCCUGAUGGAUGUGAUUUCAACGCCUAUCGCAUGGGUGACCAGUCUUUCUUUGGUCCGAACAAGAUCGUUGAUACUACCUCCCCCUUCACUGUGGUCACUCAGUUCAUCACCGAUGACGGUACCUCCACCGGCACCCUCUCGGAAAUCAAGCGCUUCUACGUGCAGGAUGGCAAGGUUAUCCCCCAGUCUGUGUCGAAAGUCGACGCUGUCACUGGCAACUCUAUCACCGAAUCCUUCUGCAAUGCUCAGAAGUCCGCCUUCAAGGACACGGAUGUAUUCACUAAGCAUGGUGGCAUGGCCGGUAUGGGGGCAGGUCUUGCGGAUGGCAUGGUUCUGGUGAUGAGUCUCUGGGACGACCACUCGGCCAACAUGCUGUGGCUCGACAGCACCUUCCCGACUGACGCCUCUUCUACUACUCCCGGUGCUGCUCGUGGUAGCUGCGACAUUUCCUCUGGCGACCCUGUCGAUGUUGAAGCCAACCACCCCAACGCCUACGUUGUCUACUCCAACAUCAAGGUCGGUCCUCUCGGUUCGACUUUCGACUCGACCGACCCAGGCUCCGGCACUACCACCACCAAGGCCACAAGCUCAAUUACCACCACCAAGGCCACAAGCAAAACUACCUCCACCACUACUACCACUACCACUGGACCGAGCACCACCGACGCUCCUCAGUAUGCGCAGUGCGGUGGGGUUAACUGGACUGGUCCAACCACCUGUAUCAGCCCCUUUACCUGCAAGAAGUCGAGUGAAUACUACUCGCAGUGCCUGUAG